UUGUUAAUGUACUAGACGGACCGAAAAUACGACGUUCCGACUUCCUGCAUGCUCUUCUGUUUUCAGCAAGUGUAUUUAGAUGCGUUUUUAGUGGUAGAGUUUAAAAGAAAAAAAGCGGUGUGUUCUAACUACAGCGGAGAGAAAAUGAACCACGUAUUCCGGAAGUUGCCAGUGACUGUCACACAGCAGGCAUCCAUCCUCAGUCCGUCGUUAUGCAGAACCACACCGUCCAUCCAGCAUCCUGUGUGGUGUACUGCGUCUGUAGGUGAUAGAGAGUACAAAGGCAUGCCAACACACGGGAUUGGAAGGUGGAAGUAUCUGUUACCCAGACAGGCCCCCAAGAAGAAGAAGGACAAAACCCAGAUGAAGCAGAUGGUUUCAGCGACCGAUACGGCCUACGGGACCCUGAAUGUGAAGGUGUCGGGUUAUGACAUGACAGUGGUGGAGCAUUACUCCCAGUACAUCCACAACCUCUGCAACCGGCUGGGCAUCCAAGUGGCAGAAAGUUAUGCUUUGCCGACCAAGAGCACAGAAGUGAUGCUAAUGCAAGAAAAAGGCAACAAAAUGUACGUGGACGCCGUCCUGAAGACCUACCAACGUGUAGUCCAGUUGAGCAGUUUGAACACUUCAUUGUGUCCCAUCUUUGUGGACGUUCUUCUAAAGAACCAACCAGAGGGAGUUCAGCUCUCAGUGAAGGAGCACACCGAGGCAGAUUUCCAGGCACGCUUCAAGGCACGUCCAGAGCUGGAGGGGCUCAUCGCUCAGAUCAACCAAUAAGAUGUUCUGCCUUAUGAGCAAAUACUAUUUGUUUAAAAUGUAUUUAUUGCCCAAGCUCCUUGGUCUAAUCAGGUUAAAAAAGCAAGAUAAUAAAAAGUAAUUUAAACUCAAGUAUCGGUAAACCUUCUGAUAGUUUUUUGCUACUUUUAGAAAUAAAACUACCUGUUUAAGAAUUCAUGUUAUGACAAUUUAUUUGUUUUUGAUAUUAUUCUGCAAUUGUAAUUUUAACCAAUUACAUUUUCUGAAUGGUGGGAAUGACACAUUGUUUCCAUCUGAGUACUGCAUUUUUGUUUUAAACCUCAUUCUAAAUUUCUUGCUUUUAUAACAUGGACAUUUUCAGAAACCCAUAAUUAAACAUAAAAUGCCCUGUC